CCCUUGACAAACAAAUAUAAAUAUCUACCUUAGCUUCUAGCAAUUUUUCAAUCCAUUAAUCCACCUCACAUUUCUUCACCACUCCUUAAAGAUGACAACAGCAGAAGAAACUUCAAACUUGGAUCUCAUACGCCAACAUCUCUUAGGAGAAAACAUCUCAACCUCCUUUUUCUCCAAUUUCUCCAACCUUGUGAAGCUUGAAGCCCCCUCGUCAGCAGAGUUUGAUUUCAGCUCAUAUAUCUCAGACAACACCAGCUUCUUCACUUUCCUUGAAGGCUAUGACUUGGUGGCAGACAUGGAGUUUGUUGAUCAGAAGCCCAUCAUGAACUCCACAUCAACAUCAACCAUCUCCAUCCCCUUAAACAAAUGCAAUUCUCCUGAACCAUUGGCAUCAUCAGAAUCACAAGAGAAGGCAAAGAAAGCAGAAUACGAUGUAGGAAAACGUUAUAGAGGAGUUAGGAGAAGGCCCUGGGGUAAGUUUGCUGCUGAAAUCCGUGACCCUACAAGGAAAGGUACAAGGGUUUGGCUUGGCACUUUCGACAGUGAAAUUGAUGCUGCUAAGGCCUAUGAUUGUGCUGCUUUCAAGAUGAGAGGUCAGAAGGCCAUUCUCAACUUCCCUCUUGAGGCUGGAGAGUAUGAUCCAAAACCAAACACUUGUGGCAGGAAAAGAAGAAGAGAGAGCCUUCAAUUGGAGCUGCCACAGGUCCAUCUUCAUCAUGGUGUGUCAUGAGAAACUGACAACACAACACUUCAAUAGCAUAAGUUUGCUUUCUAGAAAAAUAAGAUUGCUUUGCCUGUUCAAUCUGUACAUAGAAGCAAUGCUAAUGUGAAAUGUCUGUGUGAAUCUA